AAUAAAAUUAUUUUGAUCUGCGAUUCCUUUUCAAACGUAAGUUUUGUUACUUUCUUUCGAGGUAAGGUCUCCUGCUGCGUAACAUAUUCUACAUGCUUUAUCUUGGGUAGUCUUCUACUUCCACGCGUAGAUAAUUCAAAUAAUUUUGUUGAUUAAAUUGUAUUAUCAAGAUAUCAGCUGAGAAGCAGCUGAAACACAGCCGAACGAAAGAAGGAGAAUAAUUCUAAUCAGUCGAUGAAAAAGACAUUGACUAUAUCAAAACUAGAAUAUUCGUAACAUGAGAUAGUGGUAUUAUUUUGGCCAUAAAAGGGAAAUUUCACAAUAUUCUAUAGUGUUACGCAAUUUGUUGCACAAAAAACGCAAAUGCAGUUGUUAGUAACAGUUUCCCGGCUGCAAAUAGUGCUUGCACUGCUGCUGACUAUGGGAUCUGGAACUCCACCAGCAGAUGCGUAUGGCGAUCUACCGGUGAGCAACAUUCCUAUCUACAGCGAUGGGAUUUACUUCGAGAAUUUGAAGCCGGUGAAAAUUCAAGUUAGUACCUGGACACUCCAAUCGGAGUACGAGCUGAAAGAGUUUGUCGACGAGAUAACGUUAGCCAACAGCAGUGUAGCUAAGCUGAUUACGGCAUGUAACGAAAUGAUGAAAAAGUUCCCAGGCAGUUGCGAAAGCAUUGGGAAUUUAGUGGAGCUAACCAGGGAGUUGAACGAUUUUCAAAGUCUGCUGAACAGUUUGUGCUCUGAUAAAAGACGCACAAAGAGAGGCAUUUUGAAAUCCUGGUUUGGAAUGAUGGACGACGAAGAUCGAGAAGAAAUUUCCGGAAACUUCAGGAAAGUCGAUGAACAAUUGGAUACACAAUCCUCGAAAGUGGAGCAUUUUUUCAAUAGUACCAACAAGGCGAUUGCUGUACUGAGUGGAAACAUGUUUCAAGUAGAUCCUAAGAAGCCGGGUACAAUCGAUUACAGUCGUGAAGGACAAUUGCUUAUGAUGGAUAUUCUGUUGAACAAAAUUAUUCGGAAAAAGGAACUGUUCAUGAAGCUUUUGCAGUCCUCAAGUUCUGUGUCAUGUGAUGACAUUGUUGGCCCUACUCGAUUGCUGAACGAAAUCGAAAAGCUGCAAAAGAUACUACCGGAAGAUUUUACUUUUCCGGUGCAAUUUACAUUGCGAGAUGUCAUAAAGUUGUAUCCACUAUCAAAGGUGGUUGCUUACGUGGAUGAUUGUAAAAUGAAAGUCAGCAUCCUGCUACCUUUAUGCAACAAAGUGGAUUACACUACACUGAAAGGAACGAGCGUUCCAAUGAUGAAAGAUGGCAUUCUGAAGAUGUUUCCAUUGGAGAACGAUGUAUUGGUGUACAAUAUGCAACAUCAUCUCGGAAUGAUCAUGAAUUACGACGAGUACAAAGCCUGCAACCAUUUGAACGAUUUUGCCCUUUGUAACACUCACCAUUUAAUUAAAAACUUAUCCUCUGCCGAAGACUGCAUUGUGACAUCAUUCUUCAAUCGCACAACCGCCGAUUCGGACUGCCGAGUUAACCGACUGCAACUGCGCCAUCAAAUCUGGAUUCAGCUAGCGGAUCCUAACCGUUGGAUUUACGCCGUACCCAACCGUACUUCGGUCGUGGUCAACUAUGGCCUAGGAAAUAGCAAAACCAUCGAGCUCAGCGGUGUCGGAAUGCUGAAACUUACUCGGAUGUGUCACGUGCGCUCACAGGACAUCGUUCUCCAGUACGUACCUGAAUUGCGCGGGAAGAUGCAACCGAACACGCUCGGUUUCCAACUACCAGCCGUGGUAACACGAGACCAACCCAGGAUAAUUUCCGCCAGUGACAACAACAAAGUGAUCCUAGCCGGCCAAAAUACGGAAACCGCUCUGCAAGAUCGAUCGCAUCUAACCGGCAUUCACUACGAGCCGGCAUCGUUUUCACCGUGGGCCAUCGUUGGCAUCGUUUGCGGAGUAUUUAUCGUCACCGCGGUGGCGGUUCAGGUUUACUUCAAAAUGGUCAACGAAAAGCGACGACAGGCGCAGGUGCUGACACGAAUGCAACAGCAGGAAAUGGCAAACCCAAACGAAAGUUUUACCAGCAAUAGAUCUCCGAACAAUUCGCAGCAUGCAUUCCUGCCUGAGGGGAGAGCUACGGCCCCGCCAUACGAUUUGUCAAGGGAGGAUUAGUGCUGCAGCGAAUGAAAAGAGGAUUGAUUUAGAAGUGUGCCUUUCGUAAACAACUGAGGAUGCCUGCAUCCUUUUUUGAUGUGCAGUGGACUAUUUUAGGACAGUUUGGCUUGUGUGAUGAGCUGAUGAUGGGCUGUGUUUAAUUAGUUUAAGAUUGCGAAAAUAAUCAGAAAGGUUUCGCACUGCUUAUGACUAUGUAGUUAGGUUUUAUUAAAAAUAGUUUCGAUGGAGUAAUAUGAUUUAGAAAUAUACGUUAGAAUUAUAUAUUCGAUUUAACAGAUAAUCACAAAUAAUAAACUGAUUCCUCUACAGCAAACAAUUUCAUAUACAUAAAUCAACGAUUAAGCAGUAUAAAAAGUUAAUUAAAGAGCUUGGCAGUGCAAAUAAAAAGAAUCCACGUGUUUGGGUGAUACUCAAACGCAUAACUUUACAUAGGCGUAAUAAUGACUAAAAACCAGAUCUCCUAGUGGUAUGCGCAGCCAAGGUAUUUAAUU